AUGAAGUUCUUCCGUCCCAUUCUCAUCGCGGUGGUGGCUCUCUUCGUGCAGAACACCGAGGCCUUUACGGUCGGUUCGGCCACUGGCCUUGCUGCCGGCACGACGGGUGGCGGUAGUGCCACCCCGGUGUACCCGACCACGACGGCACAGCUCGUUGCGUACCUGAAAGACUCCGUCCCCCGCGUUAUCGUUUUAAACAAGACGUUUGACUUCCGUGGCACGGAAGGCACCACGACCGAGGCCGGUUGCCGUCCGGACUACACUCGCGAGUGUAUCGCCAAGAACAACGGCUACAAGAGCCAGGAUGUCAUUCUACAGAGUGGCGGCAUGUCGAACACGGGCGGCUGUUCAGACGGCACGAGCGUGACGGUCACGUACGAUAACGCCGCUAUCACUCCCAUGACCGUAACUAGCAACAAGACCCUGCGUGGUAUCGGCACGACCGGUGUGAUCAUGGGCAAGGGCCUGUGGCUUAACGGAGACAAUAUUAUCAUCCAAAACGUUCACAUCACGGAACUCAACCGCCACCUGGUUUGGGGCGGCGACGCCUUCUACAUUCAAGGCAGCAACGGCGGCUCGACAGCCAUGAACAAGAUCUGGCUGGACCACGUCAAGGUGUCCCGUGUCGGCCGUCAAUUCCUCACGACUAACGCCGCCAGUGUGUCCACGAUGACUAUCAGUAACUCGGACUUUGACGGUCGCACGGACUACUCGGCAUCGUGCGACGGGCGUCACUACUGGUCGUUCAUCUUCUACGGCAAGAACACGCGCUUCAGUAUGGUCAACAACUACAUCCACUCGACGUCGGGCCGGUCCCCCAAGCUCGGCGGCGACAGUAGCGCCAACGUCAUCGCCCACAUCGCCAAUAACUACUGGGCGGACAACUCUGGCCACUCAUUUGAAGUCGGCGUUAACUCGUGGAUCCUGGCGGAAGGCAACUACUUUAAGGACACGACACUACCGCUGUUGACUGGGUCGGAUGGUAACAUGUACGCUGCUACGGCUACUACCGAGUGCAACAGCUACCUGGGUCGCUCUUGUGUCGCCAACGUCGUGUCCAAUAGUGGUGCGUUCGGUUCGCGCAACGGCGCGACGGCUCUGUCCAAGGUGAAGUCGUACUCGGCCAUCUCCGGCUACAGCCCGCGUUCGGCUGUGGAGUGGAGCAAGACGACCAAGAACUUUGGCAUUGGCGUGCUCGACUAAGGCGCGAGCGGAACAAGUAAAUGGAUG